CCACCUUCGCGGCGCCCGCCCGCCCGCCGGCCUCGGGUCUUCGGCUGUCUCCGGCCGCGGCGCUCGGCGGCGCUCGGCUGUCUCCGGCCCCAGCCGCUCGCUCGUUCGGCUCAGCCCCCUCGACUCUCCAGUCCCCGCCGUGGCUGCGGCGCUGGGGCAUUUCCCUGCGGUUCGGCUCGCAGACCCCGGCUCCCGCGCAGCCGGCUCCUGGCCCCGGGCACAUGCAGGCGAUCAAAUGCGUGGUGGUCGGCGACGGAGCCGUGGGGAAGACAUGCCUGCUGAUCAGCUACACCACGAAUGCCUUCCCUGGAGAGUACAUCCCCACCGUUUUUGACAAUUACUCAGCCAAUGUGAUGGUAGAUGGGAAGCCAGUGAACCUGGGGCUGUGGGAUACAGCUGGGCAGGAAGACUAUGACCGGCUUCGACCCCUCUCUUAUCCCCAGACUGAUGUCUUCCUGAUCUGCUUCUCCCUGGUGAGCCCAGCCUCCUUCGAGAAUGUCCGUGCCAAGUGGUACCCUGAGGUACGACAUCACUGCCCCAACACGCCCAUAAUCCUGGUGGGCACCAAGCUGGACCUUCGAGAUGACAAGGACACCAUCGAACGGCUUCGGGACAAGAAGCUGGCCCCCAUCACCUACCCCCAGGGCUUGGCCAUGGCCCGAGAGAUUGGUUCUGUCAAGUACCUGGAGUGCUCAGCAUUGACUCAGCGGGGGCUUAAGACAGUGUUUGAUGAAGCCAUUCGGGCAGUGCUGUGUCCCCCUCCCAUCAAGAAACCUGGGAAGAAGUGUACUGUGUUCUAGAUCCUGCCCAGAGUCCCCUACCCGAGGGGGCCUGAGUGGUGAGGAGGGCUAGGAGCCCAAGGGCCAGGGGGGCUAGGACGGUGUCCCAGACCCCCAAGUAUGGUGUCAUUGUUGAAAUGUUUGAUUUCCCUUCAGUCUGAUGUGACAUGGGUCUGGGGAGUGGGAAGAUAGUGAGGGAGGGGGGUGGGGAGGGGAGGCUUGGGCUCUGGGGAGGGAAGAACAGCACAAGGAACAGGGCAUGCUGUCCUGGAGGGGCUGGAGGGGGGUAGCUGAUAGACAGGGGAGAGAGGAAGCCCCUGCCCCCUCCUACCCAGGCCUGGCAAGCACAGUCUGAAGCUUCCUCCCACUCUGCUCUGCACCCAGGGAGCCAGGAGCCCAGGCCUCCAGCCAGCACAGGAGGGAGCAGGGUCUCUCUCUGAGAGGAGAAGGGGGAUGACCAGGGAAGCCCCGGGAUGGGCAUCCCACAUUGGGGAGGGUGAGGGGAGGGAAAGGAGGGGAGUAUGUGACUGUGGGUUUUAUUCAUCCUGU